AUGCGCAACUGCCUCUACGGCAAUAAUAUGUCAGGACAACGCGAUAUCCCCCUUGAGCCCGAGGAACAGCCCGAGCAACCAUCUUUGGAGGCCUCAGGGGCAGCUGCCCCCAGUGCUGGGCCUGGCGCAGCCGAAGAAAUGGAGGCCCAAUCGCCUCCCGGGGAGCCCGUCCCCAUCGAGACUGAAGGCGAGGCCUGUGGACCUCCAGAGGCCUCCAGACCCAACGUCCAGAGUGAGACAGUCCAGGAAGCCGGAGCCCAUGGAGGCUACAGCCCACCUCCAGAGGAAGCCAUGCCCUUCGAGGUCAAGCAGCCCAGCGUGGGAGGCUUCUGGCCGGCCCUGGAGCAGCCUGGAAACGCCAGGGGGGCCCUUAGCCCAGGGCUCGUGCAGCCCCGAGCCCGCAGGGAGCCCAGACCAGACCUGGGCAGCUACAGCCCUCCGCCCGAAGAGGCCAUGCCCUUCGAGAGCGAGCAGCCUGCCCAGGGAGCGUGCCUCCAGCCUCUCCUGCAGAUCUGCGCGCUCGCGCCAGGAGGCCCGGCCGUGGGGGUCUUUAGCGCCCCCUCAGAGGAGCCCCAAGUCCUCAGACCUGCCUACGCAGGCUGCGGAGGAAACUGCAGCCCUCCCCCUGAGGAGGCGAUGCCAUUUGCGUUUGAUGGAGCAGCCUUGGGGGACGACAGCCCACCCCCUGGGCUCCCCCGAGCUACCCUACAAAUCCACGACGGUGGCGGCGGCCACUUCGCGGCAGUCGCGGAGCCGCGUGCGAUCCUCCUCGCUCCCGCCGCGAACGAGCCCCCCCUCUGGGACCCAGGAGCCAGCGUCAGCACAUCCGGAGAGGCUGUCAGAGCUCCUCCACACUUCGUGGGCGACAGCCCCCCGAUGGAGGUCUCCGGACCCCAGCUCGAGAUUGGUAGCGCCCCCGCUGGGGUCGACGACGCUCCCGUCAACAUGGACAGCCCCCCAGUCGCGCCUGACAGCCCGCCCAUCGAGGUCUCCGGAGCCCCAAUUAAGAGAGAGCGAGCAGAGGGAGAGAGACCCCCAGUUGAAGGCGAAGCAGCCGAGAUGGAAGGAAGCUCAGCCGCUGCAGCCGCAGCCGCAGCCGCAGAGGGAGACAAACUCCCGUCUCCCGGAGACGGAGACCGACACCGAGACGGAGACGGAGACGGAGACGGAGACGGAGACCGAGCUCCUGUCGCCGGGGCCCCUGCUGCCGCCCCCGAAGCUCCAGACGCCGGGGCAGCCACCGAUGCCUCAGCUGCCCCGGCAGCUCCGGAAGCCCCCGCAGCUCCGGAAGCCCCAGCAGCUCCAGGAGCCCCAGCAGCUCCAGAAGCCCCAGCAGCGCCCGCUGCCCCGGCCACUCCAGCCGCCCCGGCCGCUCCCGCCGCCCGAGCAGCUUCUGCUACCCGGCCCGCUCUCGCCGACAGGCCCGCUCUCGCCCCCCGGGCCGCAAGCGCCUCCCGGGCCACUCCUGCCCCCCGGCCAGUCCCUUACGCUGCAGCUGCCUGGGCAGUCCCAGCCUCCUGUUAUGGUCCAAACGCUCCAGCUGCCCGCGCGGCCCGAGCCGCCCGAGCCGCCCAAGCAGCUCGAGCCGUGUCUGCUGCCUGGGCAGCCCCAGCCCCGGCCCCAGCUCCAGCCCCAGCCCCAGCCCCAGCCCCAGCCAGCGGAGCCCGCCCCAACCCCCGUUUCCUUAGACCCCCCAGCCCCGAGAUCCAGGCUGCCGAUCCGCCUACUCCGCAGCCUGCUCGCGCGUAUGCCUGGCGGGCCCGGUCGGAGCGCGGCCGCGACGACGGAUCGGGCAGCAGCAGCGAUGAGUCCGACGAGAGGACCUUCGGAUGCUACGUCUGCUGCCGGCCAAAGCGAAGUCGCUCCAGACCAAAGCCGAAGCGUAACUUGUUCCGCAACUUCGUCGAUCGGGCCUUCCAGAGCUGCUUCGGCCAACCUGAGAACGACGAGUUCACAGCCCCGCACAGUCCCAAGGUCACGACGAUUCCUAUGGUGGAGACUUGCAGACCGAUGUGCCUGGAAACCCAGGAGCAGCGCUUCCAGAUGCGCGAGCAGAGGAAGCGCAGCCAGCUCAUCGACAGGCAGCUACAGGAGGAGAAGAUGGGUUACACGUGUACGCACCGCCUGCUGCUUCUAGUUCCCAUCCCUGGCACCCCCAAAUCACCCGCCGACUGUGUACUUGUACGGGGAAUGGGCUGUCUUGUGUUGUGCGCCAUGGCGCGGGCAAAAACUUUCCGCGUCCGCACUCGCUGGUGGUACCUGUGA